AUUGCUCUACUUGUAAUUUAAUUUAUAAAAAAAGCAAAGGUGGAAUUUAUUUUGCACAAAAGCAGUAAAAUCUCUCCUCGUGUAUACUAUAUAGGAUGUUAUAGGAUUGCUAUAACUACGAUAUAGAACGAAGGCAUUUAAAACAGGCUACUUGAAUAAUUUGCCUAUUUUUGAUUUUUAGUCAACUUCGGUUUCAUAACUAUGAACGACUAAAGGUCAUUGAAGGUGAACUGCAAUGGAAAAAUACUGAUCAAACACCUUGGUAAUCUAAGCUCUAAAGUGAUUCAAUUUUAAACCUUGUUAUGUUUGAAAAAACAAAUAAUAAGGGUCUAGCCUAAUCAGGAGAUCCAUCGACAUACAAACUUCUGUCAUAAAAGAGAUACAUACGUGUUUUGCAUCGUGCAACCAAUUAUGCGAACCAAAGAGAGCGUUGAAAAAAAAUUGAAUUGAAAGUUUUGAAAAAAUGGCACAUUUGAAUCAAAGGCAGAUAAUGGGGGAUUCGUUGAAUUUUUUGACAAAGUACCACGCUAUAUCUAAUAAAUUAAAAAAACGUUUUAUGAGGAAUCCGAACGUCGCAGAAGCAAGCGAUCAAUUCGGUGCCUUGGCUACAGAAUGCGAACAAAAAGAAUUAUGGCAGUACGCAGGCUUGUGUUCGUUAGCUGCAGCUAGAUGCCAAGGAACGUUAAAAAACAUAUUUCCUGAAUUAAAUUUUCUAAUAAAAGCGGGCAGAGAAUUUCUUGUUGCCGAUAAAAAGGAUAAAGAUAUAGGUUGCCCUUCUAUAGGACAAGAAAAUACACAGGCUGCCAUAAGUUGUUUCGGUCAUGCUUUAGCACGUUGCCAAACUCAACCAGGAUUUAACACUAUGUCUGCUGGAUUGGCGUUAGAAUUGGCAUUAGCUUUAGACUCGACUCCGGCUGGUACGCAACAAUUACGCAAGGCUAUUGAUAUUUUUCCAACAUCAAAAGCUAUUAAUACAUUGGUCUCUUAUCACAUCAAACAAGGCGAUUAUGUAUCCGCUUUGUUAAUUCUGAACGAAUUUGUUGAAUUUAUUGAAACUUACGUAAAUGCUGGCGCGAGAGGCAACUACAGCGUUAUAUUACAUAGGUGCGAAGUGACCAGAGUACUUUUGUUACUUAUACUUCAACCGUCGCCGCAAAGACUUGCACCUUCUUUGGCUCAAGUUUUAGAGAAAUAUGCGUGGAUAGAAGAAACUGCAAACAAUGGUAAGCAUUCCUCUGCUUUUACUUUAAACAAUUUACAUAUAUUACAAUGGAUAAACGAAAACUAUAUUGCAGAUUUCAAUAUGAGCGAAAAUGAAUUAUUAUUGUUACAAUCUUUGGUAUUAGCAUCUCAGUCCCAUGAUUAUCAAGCAUUGUUAGAACUGGAAGGUGAAUUGUGGCCCUAUUUAAGCGCAGAACAAAAAGAAUUAUUGCACAAGUUAAUUCAAGUUUUAACAACGCAGUAAAGUAUUUUAACUUUAUUUUUACCUCAAAUUAUUCGAGUUACGGGUAAGGCUUGUCCGAGUGUAUAUUAUUUCAUUUGAUUCAAAUAACGACGAAUUGAUCGACGAUAAAUGAACCUCAACAGCGUUGAGAAUUUUCGAAUUUAGAAAUAAUUUACU